AAUUCUGUUAGCUCUGAACCAAAGAAUAAAGCUGCCAGACAAGAAAAUAGAGAUAAAACAAAGCAAAGCAAAGGCCAUGGCUUUUCGGAGAAGCGCCUUGUCGAACUUCCUCCAAAUUACGAGGGCCUUUCGAUAUUCAACCAUUCCGCUAAGCUCCAAUUCACCAUCACUCAUCCAUGGAAUCCACGUCUUCCAUUGCCCGGACGAGGUAGGAAUCGUCGCCAAGCUCUCCGAAUGCAUCGCCCAGCACGGGGCCAACAUUCAUUACGUCGAUGUCUUCGUUCCUGAGAAAAAACAGGUCUUCUACUCCCGCAGUGAAUUUGUUUUUGAUCCCGUACGCUGGCCCCAUGAUGUGAUGCUGAAUGAUUUCAUGAACAUAGGAAAGCUGUUCAAUGCAAAAAGAUCAGUUGUUCGGGUCCCUGAUCUUGAUCCAAAAUAUAAGAUUGCACUUCUUGCUUCAAACCAGGACCAUUGCCUUGUGGAUGUAUUGCAUGAUUGGCAAGAUGGUAGGCUUCCCGUGGAUAUAAGUUGUGUAAUAAGCAAUCAUGAUAGAGCUCCAAAUACUCACGUUAUAAAUUUUCUUAAGAGACAUGGCAUUCCAUAUUAUUAUCUGCCGGCUGACGAAGGAAAUAAAAGAGAAAGGGAGAUUCUCGAUUUAGUUAAAGGCACUGAUUUUCUUGUUCUGGCCAGAUACAUGCAGGUACUGUCUGCUGGUUUCUUGGAGAGUUACGGUAAAGAUAUAAUUAACAUUCAUCAUGGGCUUCUUCCAUCAUUUAAGGGUAGCAAUCCUGCCAAGCAGGCUUAUAGUGCUGGGGUUAAAUUGAUUGGUGCUACAACUCACUUUGUAACUCCAGAACUUGAUGCAGGUCCAAUUAUUGAGCAGAUGGUUGAGAGAGUUUCCCAUAAAGAUUCCUUACAGAGCUUUGUACAGAAAUCCCAAAGCCUUGAGAAGCAAUGUCUUCGCAGGGCAAUUCAAUCCUAUUGUGAGCUCCGUGUACUGCCCUACGAAGGGAAAAAGACUGUUGUUUUCUAAAAGAGGUCAGCUGUUGUUCUUAUGUAGUUCUGCAUCAAUUCCUUUGUAUUAAUAUUGUUAAAGCAAUAUAAAAUCUAUUAUUCCUUGCUAUGCUCAUUUCUAUCCUGCAGUCUGUUCUGUCAUAUUUCUAGAGAGAUAAAGAAAGUUGGUUAAACUAAAGUUCGUUUGGGAUGACUUUCA